GUUGAUUGAUCGAUUCUCUUUAACCCUUCUGUGAUGGAUCCAUUCCAGGCUGCUACGUCCCAGUUCCAACAAUGGUUAUUGCAUUGUGGGUACCGUGUAUCUCCGAAAGUUGACAUUGCUGAUCUACGACACCUGAGUCAAGGCCGUGGGCUCGUUGCGACGGAUUACAUCAAACAGGGUGAAGUGCUGUUCGCUAUUCCAAGAAAUGUCCUGUUGAAUAUCGAUACUGGCUCGUUAAGCUCCAUUGGUGAUAACAAAGAGAAGCUGUUAACCAAAUAUGACCACUGGGAAGGUUUGAUCCUGACAAUUCUCUUUGAGCUCUCCCUUGGAGAACAGAGUAAAUGGGCACCUUAUUUCAAGGUGUUGCCAACUGAGUUUCAUAACUUGAUGUUUUGGUCAGAUGAAGAGUUGAAAUCCUUGGAACCAUCACUUGUACUCGGGCGAGUGGGCAAGUCGAAGGCUGAGGAAUCGUAUCAUAAGCUGAUUCCCUCUGCGCUUGAAGAUUUGGGCAUUGGUAACUUACAAGUAUCUUUGCAGCUGUUCCACCAAGUUGCCAGCAGCAUAAUGUCCUAUUCGUUUGACGUAGAACGGCCAGACUUUGAUGAAGAUCAGGAAGAUGAUGAGCAGGUGAAAUAUGAUGGAUAUUUCAAGUCGUUGGUUGCACUGGCAGAUACUCUAAACGCGGAUACGAACCAAGUCAAUGCCAAUUUGUUUUAUGAGCCUGAUUUUUUGACCAUGAAAGCAGUGAAACCAAUUGCCAAAGGGGAACAGAUAUAUAACACUUACGGUGACCAUCCAAACAGUGAGCUUCUAAGAAGAUACGGUUACGUGGAAUAUAACGGUUCCAAAUACGACUUUGGUGAAGUUCCACUGGAGACUAUCCACGAAACGGUGGUCAAUCACUAUAAUUUGAAACCUGAAUUCUUGGAUCUUGUGUUUAAACUGAUAUCUGAGACCGAUGUUGAUGAGUUGGAAGAAGAUAUCGUACUGGAUGCAUUCGAUUCGUAUAUCGAUGGUGCAGUACUCCCUGAAUCACAGGUCUUGAUACAGGUUCUUACUGUCAUUGGUGAAAUUGCCUCACAAGAACAUCUACAGGACCUUUCCCCAGAACUUCUGUCAAAGACCUUGAAUAGAAUACUGAAAAAAUGUUAUCAGCUCAUUGAAACUGGCUCGAUUACAAAGAAUGCGGUGAUGUUAUGGGAACAGUGUAUCAUAAACAGGUUAUCACAAUAUCCAAGCCAUGCCUUUAGAGAUUUUAUAAUCCCUGAGCCUUCUCAAUAUCUGAACAAAGUUAAGAUGGGUGAAUGUAUAUUGAAGUCUGAGGUUUGUUCUUUACAAAAUUCUAUCGAGGGAUUCUCAAAGGAGCUGAAAAUUAUCAAUGAUGAUAAAUUGAUAAGAAACAUCCUAAAGAGGAAGACUCAACAUGACGACACAAGACAUGAUUUCAAGAGGCAAAAACACUAAACUCUUGUCUUAAUUUGUAUAACUUCAUUAAUUAGACAUGGUUUUCAUACUUUUGGGCAUUCCUUC